AUGGGCGGCGUGAAACUAUUUGAGGUCCUCGGUCGUCUCUUGGCUUUCCUUGGCCCGACGGAUAACCAAGCCAAAGUGAGCAAGUACUCGUAUGCUCCCGAGCCUCCUCGUGCUGCGCUGGCCCGUCGUGGUGCUCGUCGUCGUCCCGUGCUCGCACGCGGCCGCAUGUUUGCCACCCUCAUUCCCCCUUCUCUUCAUCUCUUCUCUCUCUGCUCCGUCCCCUGUCCAUCCUAUUCCGCCACCACCACCGCCCGCUGCCUCGACGACGACGACGACUCCCGCUCCCGCCUCCGCUCCUCCUCGAAGCCUUCGCCUCAUCCCUCCUGCGGCCUCGCACCUCGUCUUCGGUCGAACCCUGACCAAGGCUUACGCUGCCGUCGUCGGCCGCCCGCCUCGACUCGAUCGAUUUCUUCUCGUUGCCGCGUCCGGUCCGGAGCCCGAGCACGCCGCAGCAGCCUGCCUGCCUGCCUCUCGCCGCACGCUCUCAAGUCCCUCCCUCCCCCUCGAGGCACCCGCGCGCCCGCCGACGGAGUGAGACGCGGAGCCGCCGCCAUGGUGGCCGUAUCGCUCUUGGUGGCGUCGCUCGCGACGCUCGCGUCGGCCGUCAAGUACUUCACGGAGCCCUGCUGCUCCUACCAGCUCGGCCACUAUGACAAGCGCUACUUCAAGGCCAAGCUCGACUACAAGGAGUACCGGCCGGUCCUGCGGGACCUGAUCCGCAGCUACCUCAUCACCAUGGACGCCUACGGCGUCGAGACGUGGUUGGCCCACGGCACCCUCCUCGGCUGGUGGUGGAACGGCCAGAUCAUGCCCUGGGACACGGACCUCGACGUGCAGGUGUCCAACGCGACGAUGAACUGGAUGGGCACCCGCCUCAACCGCACCGAGCACGUCUACAACGUGACCAACACGGGCCCCGGCAAGCCCGACGAGCGCACCUACAUGCUCGACGUCAACCCCCACCACGUCGAGCUUGCCCGCGGCAACGGCCACAACAUCAUCGACGCUCGCUGGAUCGACACGACGAGCGCCAUGUUCAUCGACAUCACGAGCGUCCGCCAGCGCAACCCGAGCAAGCCGGGCCUCUUCGCCUGCAAGAACCACCACAACUACCAGAGCCAGGACCUGUGGCCCAUGCGCAUCAGCGAGUUUGAGGGCAUCCGCGCCCGCAUCCCCUACAACUUUGAGGGCAUCCUGACGAAGGAGUACGGCGCCAAGUGCCUCGUGGCCGAGGAGUACUCGGGGCACAAGUGGAACGCAAACCUCAAGGAAUGGGUUCUCCAGAAGCCCGGCGAGGAGAAAAAGGCCUUUGCCGCCGCCGCCGAGCGCAAGAAGAAGGAGCUCAUCCGCCAGGGCCGCCUGCGCGUCCAGUCUUGA